AAAUUAAUCAAAAACAAGGCUGUGAUAUAAGAAAUUAACAAAAAUGUUAAUAAAAAGCACUUUUAGAUGCUUAAAAAACAUAAAUUCAAACUUUUAUCGUCUUGCAUCAACUUACGUUCAAGGUCAAUCUCCCGAACCAAAGAUCCGAGAAUAUUUUUACUUUGUCAAUCAUGAAGGAAUGCUUUUUCUCGAUGACGCUCGUAUGAAAAAUUUCACUUCCUGCUUCAAAGACAAAAAAUUUCUCGAAUUUUUCUUCAAACGUCUGAAAAUCAACGACACCAAUCGCUAUACUGAGGACUUCCCCUAUUUGAGUCUUUGUGGUCGUGAACGAAAUUUUGUGCGAUGUGACGAUCUUCCAAUUGUUUUCACUCACAUCCUGCCAGACAAAAAGGAUCCAACGAAAGAACUUUUGACCUACAAUUACGCGUCAGAUCUGUUAACAGUCGAUUUCGAGCCUGACAAGAUUUUUAUGGCGCCUUCGGGAAAAGUUUAUCAUCCAGCACCAGCGAGAUAUGGCAAUAUUGGACUCAUUCGAUCGAAGUUGGCAAUUGAGUUGAGUAAAAAUUUCGAGUUUAAAACGAACGGAGAAGAAGAGGCACCAAAAGCGAUCAAUUGGGGAGACAAAAAAUAUGACAUAGACGAUAGUUGGGUAAGCAAAGCUGUUGUAUUCAAGCCUUUGUAAUAAAUAUUCAUAUAUCAAAAUGUGU